UCGGAGCUUUUUUGCCGAAGGUUUCAGUUCCAAUCAGGCUCCGGCGAUUUCAGCUGGAACUGGGACUCCAAUGGCUUCUCCGGGCAACUUUCCGCCGCGCCUCUGAGCGAGCCCUCGCCGGUCCAGCAAAACCCUCCCGAGGCACAAGGAGGUCGGGGGAAAGAGUGGGGGGGACCCCAAACCCCACGAGCCGAAGGAAAGAGCGAACUUUUGGCUUGUUUCGGGGCUAGCUGCGCUCAUGCAACAUGCACAGCGCCCGGGCUUUGAUCUUCAUGUUAACCUUCCAGAUCUGCUCCUUGGAGACCGAGACGCCAACAGAGAGAUACCACAUUUUGCAUGAACAAUCCUGCCGCCUAAAUUAGUGGACCGCUCAGCAUUUGGAGGCCCUCUAGGCCAGCAUUUGGAGGCACCCCAGGCCUGCAGGGGACUGGACUUUCACCUGGAAAUUCAGUCCAAAGAGCGCCACUGAAUACCUAUGGAGCUGGCUGUACCUUUGAGGAAGAUGGGGACUUAAACCAGUGUGAAUAUAGCCAAGGGGUCGAGGAUGACUUUGAAUGGGAGCUGAUCCGGAGCUACGUCAUGCCACAUCUGACUUCUGAUCUUCCUCAUGGCUCCUACCUGAUGGUCAACUCCUCCCAGCAUGCUCCGGGGCAGAAAGCUCACAUCCUCUUCCAGACACUGAGUGAGAAUGACACCCACUGUCUCCAGUUCAGCUACUUCAUGUACAGCCGAGAUGGGCACAGCCCUGGGACGCUGAAUGUCUAUGUGAAAGUGAACGGAGGCCCGCUGGGCAGCGUGGUGUGGAAUGUCUCCGGCUCCCAUGGGCGUCAAUGGCACCAAGUCGAACUGGCUGUCAGCAUGUUUUGGCCCAACGAGUACCAGGUCCUGUUUGAGGCAGUGAUUUCCACUGAGAGCAGAGGCUACCUCGGCCUCGACGACAUUCUGCUCUUGAAUUAUCCCUGCUCUAAAGCACCUCAUUUUUCCCGCCUGGGUGAUGUGGAGGUGAACGCAGAGCAGAAUGCCACCUUUCAGUGUGUGGCUGCUGGGAAGGCCUCUGAGGCAGAGAGGUUCCUCAUGCAGAGACAGAACGGAAUGACUGUGCUGGCCACCUCGGUAAAACACAUCAGCCACAGGAGGUUCCUGGCUUCCUUUCAACUGGAUAAGGUUUCCAAGGGGGAUCAGGACUUUUACCGUUGUGUCACCCAGUCUGGCAGGGGCUCUGGUGUCUCAAACUUUGCUGAGCUGAUUGUGAAAGAGCCACCCACGCCCAUCGCACCUCCACAGCUGCUGAGAGCAGGCUCGACAUACCUGAUCAUCCAGCUCAACACCAACUCCAUCAUAGGGGAUGGCCCCAUUGUGAGGAAGGAGAUUGAGUACCGGAUGACCUCUGGGCCCUGGUCAGAAGUGCAUGCGGUGAACAUGCAGACCUACAAGCUGUGGCACCUGGAUCCUGAUACUGAGUAUGAGAUCAGUGUGUUGCUCACCCGGCCAGGAGAUGGAGGGACUGGCAAACCUGGACCACCACUCAUCAGCAGGACAAAGUGUGCAGAGCCCAUGAGAGCCCCGAAAGGCCUCGCCUUCGCAGAGAUCCAGUCGAGGCAGCUGACGCUUCAGUGGGAGCCUCUGGGCUACAACCUGACACGCUGCCACACGUACACGGUCACACUCUGCUAUCGCUACGCCAUGGGUGCUGGCCACAACCAGACGUUCCGGGAGUGCGUGAAGAUGGAGCGCAACAUUAACCACUACACCAUCAAGAACCUGUUGCCUUACAAAACCGUCCACGUCAAACUCAUCCUCUCGAACCCCGAGGGCCGGAAAGAAGGCAAAGAGAUGGUAUUUCAGACCGAUGAAGAUGUGCCCGGAGGCAUUGCUUCGGAGUCCCUCACGUUCACUCCCUUGGAAGACAUGAUUUUUUUGAAAUGGGAGGAGCCAGUGGAACCCAAUGGCCUCAUCACCCAGUACGAGAUCAGCUACCAGAGCAUCGAAUCCUCGGACCCAGCAGUGAACGUGCCUGGCCCACGGCGCACGGUCUCCAAGCUCCGAAAUGAAACGUACCAUGUUUUCUCCAAUCUGCAUCCCGGGACAACCUACCUUUUCUCGGUGCGGGCACGAACUGGCAAGGGCUUUGGCCAAACAGCGCUGACUGAGAUCACCACCAAUAUCUCAGCUCCCAGCUUUGAUUAUGGGGAUAUGCCCUCCCCGUUGGGAGAGUCCGAGAGCACUAUCACCGUCCUCCUACGGCCGGCACAAGGCAGAGGGGCGCCGAUCAGCACAUACCAAGUUGUUGUGGAAGAAGACAGGCCCAAGAAGAUCAAGCGGGAGCUGGGAGGCCAGGAGUGCUUUCCGGUCCCACUCACCUUCGACGAUGCCAUGUCCCGUGGUUCGGUUCAUUACUUUGGAGCUGAACUGGCCCCCAGCAGCCUCACAGAAGCCAAACCCUUCACUGUUGGAGACAACCAAACCUACAGCGGUUACUGGAACCCACCACUGGAACCCAAGAAGGCCUAUCUGAUCUAUUUCCAGGCCAUGAGCAAUCUCAAAGGGGAAACCAGGCUGAACUGCAUCCGAAUAGCCCGGAAAGCUGCCUGCAAAGAGAGCAAGCGUCCCUUGGAAGUGUCCCAGCACUCGGAGGAGAUGGGCCUCAUCCUGGGCAUUUGUGCUGGAGGGCUGGUGGUGCUGAUCAUCCUCCUGGGAGCCAUCAUUGUUGUCAUUCGGAAAGGGAGGAACUACUAUUCCUAUUCCUAUUACCCGAAACCUGUCAACAUGACAAAAGCUACCAUCAACUACCGCAACGAGAAGACGCACAUGAUGAAUGCCAUUGACCGGAGCUUCACAGACCAGAGUACCCUCCAGGAAGAUGAGAGGCUGGGCUUGUCCUUCAUGGAGACACACAACUACAGCAACAGAGGUGACCAGCGCAGCAGUGUUGUCAAUGAGUCCAGCAGCUUGUUAGGGGGUUCCCCUCGGCGGCAAUGUGGGCGCAAAGGCUCCCCCUAUCAUACUGGGCAGCUCCACCCCGCUGUCCGUGUUGCUGAUCUCCUCCAGCACAUCAACCAGAUGAAGACUGCAGAAGGCUAUGGCUUCAAGCAAGAGUAUGAGAGUUUCUUUGAAGGCUGGGAUGCUUCAAAGAAGAAAGACAAGACCAAAGGGAGACAGGAUCACAUUCCAACCUAUGACCGUCAUCGAGUAAAGCUCCACCCGCUCCUGGGCGAUCCCAACUCGGACUAUAUCAAUGCCAACUACAUUGAUAUUCGGAUAAACCGAGAAGGCUACCACAGAUCCAAUCACUUCAUAGCCACCCAAGGUCCCAAGCAGGAGAUGAUCUAUGACUUCUGGCGAAUGGUGUGGCAAGAGCAUUGUUCCAGCAUAGUGAUGAUCACGAAACUGGUCGAAGUGGGAAGGGUAAAGUGCUCCAAAUACUGGCCAGAUGACUCUGAGAUGUAUGGAGACAUUAAAAUUACCCAAGUGGAGUCAGAGACACUGGCAGAAUAUGUCGUGAGGACAUUCACUCUGGAGAGGAGGGGCUACUCAGCCAGGCACGAAGUCAAGCAGUUCCACUUCACAUCGUGGCCAGAACAUGGGGUGCCUUACCAUGCCACUGGGCUCCUGGCCUUCAUCCGCAGGGUGAAGGCUUCCACACCUCCUGAUGCAGGACCCGUCGUUAUUCACUGCAGUGCUGGCACCGGGAGGACGGGCUGCUACAUCGUCCUGGAUGUGAUGCUAGACAUGGCAGAGUGCGAGGGUGUUGUGGACAUUUACAACUGCGUGAAGACGCUGUGCUCGCGGAGGAUCAACAUGAUCCAGACUGAGGAGCAGUAUGUCUUCAUCCAUGAUGCCAUCUUAGAAGCCUGCCUGUGUGGGGAGACCAGCAUCCCUGUCAGUGAGUUCAAGCCCACAUACAAAGAGAUGGUCAGGAUAGAUCCGCAAAGCAACUCAUCACAAUUGCGGGAGGAGUUCCAGCAGACUCUGAACUCUGUAACACCCCACCUGGAUGUGGAGGAGUGCAGCAUCGCUCUUCUGCCACGCAACCGGGAGAAGAACCGCAGCAUGGACGUCCUGCCUCCAGACCGGUGCCUCCCCUUCCUCAUCUCCAUGGAUGGAGACAGCAACAACUACAUCAACGCGGCCUUAACUGAUAGCUACACAAAGAGUGCUGCCUUCAUCGUGACCUUGCACCCGCUGCAGAACACCACCACAGACUUUUGGAGGCUGGUAUAUGACUACGGCUGCACCUCCAUCAUCAUGCUGAACCAGCUCAACCAGUCCAACUCUGCCUGGCCUUGUUUACAAUAUUGGCCUGAGCCAGGACUUCAGCAGUAUGGACCAAUGGAAGUGGAAUACGUUUCCAGGUCUGCUGAUGAGGAUGUUGUUGUUCGACUUUUCCGAGUGCAGAACAUAACACGGUUACAGGAGGGGCACUUGAUGGUCCGGCACUUUCAGUACCUGCGGUGGUCAGCCUACAGAGACACCCCAGAUUCCAAAAAGUCAUUCCUGCAUUUAUUGGCCCAAGUGGAGAAGUGGCAGGGGGAGAGUGGCGAUGGAAGGACAAUCGUGCAUUGUUUGAACGGGGGUGGCCGGAGUGGUACUUUCUGUGCCUGCACCAUGAUCUUGGAGAUGAUCAAGUGCCACAAGCUGGUGGAUGUUUUCUUUGCUGCAAAGACCCUCCGGAACUACAAGCCAAAUAUGGUUGAAACCUUUGAACAGUAUCACUUCUGCUACGAAAUAGCCCUGGAAUACCUGGAGUCACUGGAGACCAGAUAGCACCUUGCUCGGCACGCACAGACCCUGGCGUGCAGAAGGCCAUCAGCUGAAUUCCUUUGUGAUCCUGCCAGAGGCAGCCUUGAAUGGACCGAUUCCACAGAGGAGGAGGAGGAGAAGAGGCCAAGUCCAGCAUCUUUCAAAACCGCUCCAUGGGAUUCCAGAAAGCAAUGGGACUCUGCUGGUGUUUGAAAAGCUCAGCAGGACUUUGCAGGAGACUAUAUACAACUUUUCUGCUUCUUUGGGGAAACUGCGCCAUGUUGGACAGAAAAUGCUCAAUGGGACCUGUACAGUUUUCGCUAUCUUAUAACCAUAUGUUCCUUGUCUCCAAACCAAUGCCUGCCUCCAAAGAGAGUUUCUGAGUUUCUACCCUCAGCAGGAGCUCUGCUUGUAGGAAAACACAGGCAGUAAAUGCAUCCUGGUGAUUGUCUUGUAAGGAGAAAGUGAGUGGGCUGCUGCUUUGAAGGCUAAGCUGUCCAGACCAGAUUUCCUAAGCACUGCCACGUCAUGGUGCCUGGAUGCUCCACUCCAACCUGCAGGUGCCUGGGAUGGGACUUGGAUUUCAGAAGUCAGGUGUCGCUCCUCCAGCUCUUUUGAGGCAUGUUCAAGAGGGCUACCCAAACACUGAAGAAUUUCAGACAUUACACCUCUCUUCAAGAUCUUGGCCAUCGGGGCUCUCACACAAAAUGUGGGUCUUGCACAAAGUUUGGCUUGCUCUAGCAAGCAAAAUUAAGGCCAGAACUUCCCCAACUUUCAUCCAAAUGGGCCUGAUUAGGUUUACAAGAACCAAUAGGUGAAGUGUGCCAAAAGAGAAUGGAAGAGGCUGGUGGAGAACCAGAUUAUAGGGUUGUCCUCACAUCUGGAACUAGGGUAGGGAAGCCUCCUACCUUAGUCCGGGAGCUGUGCACACUCCCAAUAUUUGAUCAUAUGUUAGAUAAAAGCAAGGUUGGAGGCAGUGGCUUGCUCGUAGGUCAAGGACCAGCUGGGUAGGACAAGUGUGCCCUACCCUGAUUUCAUCCCCAGCUUUGGAACGUGGUUGAAGGAAAAAACCCUCCUACCCAGCUGAGAGUGGGCAGAUGAGCAAACCAACACUAAUAAUAAUCAUGAGCACAGCUCUAAAUUCUAUUAAGUGUAAGCCCCAGGGUGCUUGCUGGCCAUGGUUUUUGGGUGGCAACAGAUGACCUACAGCUGAUUUUAGCACGUACCUGUUUACAAGUUAUUUACCCUGGAAAGGUGAAGCCUUUCCAGUGGUGUUCAGGAACAGAUGGUUCCACACUUCCUUUGAUUCAGAUUCAUUUAUUAUGGUCCUCAACCAGCUAAAUAAUCACCACACACAAACUGGAGAAAAGGAAAAUUAAAUCAAGUAAGUACCUCUUUACAGAUUUUACAGGCUACAAGCAGAACUGAGCCACAUUUAAAGAAAUUAAAUCAUUGCAAUCAGACAGUAACUGCUGAAGAUAAAAUAUAUCAGUACGGCCAGGAUAAUUUACUAAAAGUAGAGAAAUAAAACUUUUGCAAAUAUCCUUAUAGAACAAACAAUAAAUUAAAACAUGUGCAGUUGUUUCAAUAGCUUCGGUGCCACAAAGGCAUAACCGAGUGGUAUAGGGUAUUUUCUUAUAUUUACCAUCUAACACAACUACAUUUCCUCUGUGCAGCUAGGCUCUCUGCAGCAAGCCAGAACUUACAAGGGAAUCAGUUGUAAUGGUUACCACUACUAGUACUACCCCUACCAAUAUUCAUAUACCGCUUUUCAACAAGGAAGUCCUCUCAGCAGUUUAACUUAAAGGAGUUGGAUGACUAUGCCCUCCACUACAUUUGGGGCUGGCAGUUGAAGAUCAGGAUCCAGAAUCCUUCGAGUUGAUGUACCCUUCCACUGUAGCUGUGCUGUCUCCCAAACCCUCCGGGUCUGUUUGGGAUGCAACUCAUCAGGGCUGUUUUCAUGACCAGCACUAGUGUAGGAGAUGCCUCCAACCCUAAUUCAGGAGCUGUGCAUACUCCUGAUUCUGAGAAUUCUGCAAGCAAGGUAGGAGAAGGGGAAAAUGAUAACCUCUGAGCUGGGUGCAGUGGGGGAGCCACAGGAAGGUCUUUCCCUCCACCCUCACCCUGGAGCUGGGUACAAGCUCUGGGAUUGCUGCUGCCUCCGUGCCCAGCUUGCAGACCACCAUUUUCCUCUUCUCCUACCUUCAUUGUAGAAUUCUCACAAUGGACAAUUGAAGGUGCUCAUGGCUCCCAAAUUCGGUUCAGAGGCUUCUUCUACCCCAAUAAGGGUCGUGACUGUGAGAACAAUCCUAGUAAAUUGAGGAGUAUUUAGUCUUGCAAAGCAUCAGGGCAUUGUGUACUUCAUGCAGGGAAAUGGCUAGGGAUGAGCCGAAUCGCAAUUUGGCUGCAGAAUCACAGGGCACAUCUACAGUCUAUGCCCAUGCCCCAGAUGCAUGGGAGUUCAGAAUAUGGUAUUGGCUACAGAGUUAAAUUUACUGAAGGUCAAAACUUUCAUCUAAACCAGACCUGCUCAACCUCGCUGCCCCAGUUAUUUUUGGACUACAGUUCCCAUAAUACCCAGCCACAGUGGUCAAUAGCCAGGGAUUAUGGGAGCUGAAGGCCAACAUCUGUAUCAGGGCUGAAGUUGAGCAGCCCUAUUCUAAACAAAACUAUCAAGGCUCUAGCCCUUAUGGUUGCAAAGAUAUACCUGAAAUGCCUCCUGUAAUCUCAUGAACCAAUGUUUAAAAUCACCUGCUUGCCCAUUUCUUGUGUGCGUUGUGUGGUAGGUAGCACCCAUUAUGCCCUACCACCCAUCCCACUUUGGUGUCCCUAGCAGCUAUUUUCAAGUUUGAUUCAGGUAGCUGAAUAAGAUUUCCAGUGCUUAGGAACAGGGAUGGAGUUGUAGCUUAGUGGUAGAGCACAUGCUUGGCAUGAAAAGGGUUCAUCCCUGGCACCCAGGUUCAAUCCCUGGCACCUCCAAGUAAAGCCUGGAGAGGUGCUGCUGAGUGCAAACAAUGCUGAGCUGGAUGGAGCUCAGUAUUAUAAGAGAGAUUCAUAUGUUCAUACAAGACUUCAGUACCCUGGAUAGCUCCUUGUCCCUCCCCAUAGUAAAAAAACCAUAAUAAGUUAUGGGAAAUACUAAAGAUUUCAGACUGAUGCAAAAGAGGAGAAGUUAUGGAGAUUUGGUUGGUUUGCAUAAUUUACACUUGGUGCAGAAUCCCUCUGCUUGGUGCAAAAUUUUAAUUCAGAGCACACACAGCCCAAAGUACUAAUUUCCAUGUUGGAAAGUAAUACUGUAUGUAAAGUGGCCUGAAUGCCAAAAAUGUUUUUCAAAGGCCAACAGGUAUGACUUGGAAACCUCCAUCUCCCACAUCUAGAUUACAAAGGACUGGAAGACCUAAGCCUAACAAAUCUCAGUUCCAUCCUUGACAAAUGCAGCCCAGUGCAUGGAGAAAUCCUGUCGAAACUCUAAAGAUAUGCUGGAUUCUCCCACGCUAUUCAAAAGAAGAUUAUGCCAGGGGUUCCCAACUUGUGGUGCUCCAGAAGUUGCUGCACUACAACUCCCAUGUUCCCCAGUCACAAAUUGUAGCAACAUCUGGAGUACCAUAGGUUGGGAAACCCUGAUCUACACCAUUGAAGCAGCUUUUUGGUAUGCAUCUCUUAGGAUUAAGAAACCCGGGGGGGGGGGUGUCAGAUACUCUUCUGAGUGCCAGCCACUCACACUGCAUUGGUUUUCAGAGGGAUGCCUCUUCCCAUCCACAUUUCUGGCAUAACUCAAAAUUAUUAGGGCCAUCAUCCAGUUCAAGAAGCCUUAAAUCAAGAAUCAUGUUGAGUUUUAGGCUAUUUAAUUGACAUCUGCAUACAUCUACCUAAGAGAAAAAACACUAGUUCAAAAGUGGGGGAAGCAUAUUUUGUUUUUGGAUGAUCAUCUGGAGAGGCAUUCUGCUUUCUCUCACACAUAGAAGGAAUACCUCCUCAAAGAUGCCACCUGCCAUCUACAGGUUUUAUAAGUACAUGCAUUGAAUUUGUGUCUGGUUUAAAAAAAAAAAAAUCUGCUGCCCAGACAGUAUUUUGGAUGAUCAAAAUAGUUUUCAUCAAAUCUAAUUAAUCAACUAAAAUUUUCAGUCCCAAUUACUUUGUACAUGUAGAGUUGGAUUGGGGUAUUCAUCCUUUGGAUAUUUUACAUGAAGAAAACUGGAUAUUUUUUAACACUAGACAUUCUAGCUUUGAUGGAGGAAUUUUAUUCAGGACUGUGCUAUGGAACAAGCAAUGUGGAUGGUCGGCUCUUUUGUGCUAAAGUUGAGAUGAUACAAUCAGACCUUUUGCAUCCUUUGGUAUUCCUGUUUGGUACCUUCCACCUUAUGGCUGUUUGAUACAUAACUAGAAAUAAGAUUCCAUAGUCCAGCUUAUACCAUGCAUCCCCACCUGGCUGUGAUGUUGAUGCUUGGAAGCUUAACUCCUGUGUGGGCUCCUCGUGAACUGAGCAGAAGUAAUGGGCUACUUCAUCCUUCUCAUCGGAGAUACACGUUUUGUAUGAACAUACUAAUACCUUCAAUAAAGUCAGACAGUUCGUACAAGAACUAUCCUACCAAGGAAUGGUUACUAAAAUUAACCUCCAGGAAGGUAAACUGGGUGCUAAGUUUCAAAGGCCAUACUCUUUGAGGUGGUGAUGGCUGGACUAACUGUAUCCAGGGUGUGCGAGGGGCAGAGGGAACCAAUCAAGAGACCAGCUGUAUGAGAGGAGCGCUGGUCUUCUCUUGUGGUAAAGGUAAAGUGUGCCGUCGAGUCAGUGUCAACUGCUGGCAACCACAGUAUAGGAGGGGUUGACCAUUGCCAUCUCCCACACAGUAGGAGACGAUGCCUUUCAGCAUCUUCCUAUAUCACUGCUGCCCAAUAUAGGUGUUUCCCAUAGUCCGGGAAACAUAACAGCGGUGAUUCGAACUGGAAACCUCUGGCUUGCUAAUCAAGUCAUUUCCCCGCUGCGCCAUGGAUGGUCCCCUUUGCUAAGCAGGGUCCACUUUGGUUGUAUUUGGAGGGGUGACUACAUGUUAUCUCCGUAAGAUAUUUCCCUCAGGGGAUGGGGCCAUAGCUCAGUGGAAGAGAAAGUCCCAGAUUUAGACAUCAUGUAGUCGAAUCUCAUUUGCUAUGUGGUGUCACUAUGAAACCAAAUGGGGCCAAAGCUCAGUGAUAGAGCAUCUGCUUUGCAUACAGCAAGUCCCAGAUUCAAUCUCUGGAAUCUCCAGGUAAGGCUGGGAGAGACUCCUGCCUGAAACCUUGGAGAGUUGUUCCCAGUGUUGCCAAUACUGAGCUAGAUGGACCAAUGGUCUGACUCGGUAUAAGGCUGCUUCCUGUGUUCCCAUUGUGGCAAGCUAGUUUCUCAGCCUAUAUUAUGAUGACAGUCAAUGACUACAUUUGCAGGUAACGGGAAACCAGAAGUGACGGAGUCUGAGGUUGAAUUUCCUGUACAUCCAAAUGCGUGCAACCAAGGUUCUGUCAGAAAAGCAACCCGAGGCUUCCCUUCCCAAACUCCAGUUUGCACCCUUGAGUUGUAGUGAGUUUUGCUGAGAUUUGCAUUCGGCAGUAUUAUGUCCUAAGGCAGAAUUGGGAGUUAUGGUGAGCUGCAACCGGAGUUGAGGGAGGAAGUUCCUCUCUCGCUCCGGCUGUGACUGGCUGCUGGGCCUGUCCUGCAUGCCAGAAGGAAGCCCAUGCAGCCAGUUCCCCCUCUUCUCUGCAGUCUCUGAGAUCAUAAUUUUGAAUGUCUGCACAGUGCAUUGGGGGGAGGGGAGGGGGAAAGCAAAGGUCCAUUGGACCCAUGGUUUUCCUUUACGUGCGAAUUGUCCAAUUUCAUUGUAGCUAUAACUGGUGGAACAAAUUCUUUUUCAGGUUCUGCAGGGCAAGCUUUACAUUUAAAGAAAGGCUAUUUUAGAGCUAUUUGCUCUAAAACCACCAAAGCAACCAAGAACUAAUUCUGGCCUGUCCUUAGCUCAAGAUCUGGCAUGCAAAAUAUUUUGUAUUUCAUGUUGUAAAUGUAGAAGGGUUGAGCAAAAAGAGAGAUAUGUGCUUAAGUCCCAUUGAUUUCAGUAGGUCUUGAUGUGCUUUAAGUGCCGUUUCUUUUGUUCCAUUUUUGCACUCGGGGUCAAAGUUUCCAGUAUAUGCACAGAACAUCCGUUCUGAAGGGUCCACACAGCUGAAUUUGCUGCAUCUCCCUUUAAAACACACACAAGUGCCUCCCUUUUCUCUGCUCAACACUUGUGUGUUUUUUUAAUAGAGGCUUUCCCAUGGGCUCCUCCAGAUACCAGUCUCCCUUGGGAAUACUACAUUUCCCAGGUUUCCUUGCAUCAGAAGGUGGAUGGGUGAGAGAACGUCCUUCCUUCUACUCACCAUUGCUGAUGCAGCAGGAAGUAAGCAAGUUAAUAAGGAGGAUGGUUGAAGCCUUGCAUUGGGUUGUGGGGGAGUACUUUGGGCUCACAGAUGGAUUGGUAGGAGGAGUUGAUAUGAUCCUCCCUGGCAUUUAGAGCUUUUCAUACUUUCUCAGAAAAGGUUUAAUAAACCAGUGUCUUCUCUGAGGAUUCUUUUGAGAAAGCGCAGGGGGUGGGGGCAACUCUACAUGUUUUUUGAGGCCUGCUGGAGGGGAAUUGACCCAUCACUAGUUAUUUCUUCAAAAUGAACAGAGCAUAUUUUUACUUGAGUAUCUGUACCUAAAUAUCAUUUAUUUAUCUGAACUGUUUGAACCCUGUCACUGCAGCGUGGGCUCAAGAAACAUGUGAAAUAGACCAACCUUAUAAAAAAAUAUGCAGUUACAAUGUAACACUCAGUAAAAAUAACAAGCUGAUCGCAAUUAAUAACCGAGCAAUCAAGUGCCAAAAGCUUUAGUAGCAAAAUGGCAAAAUGUCGUGAAUUUGCUUAAUUUGCCUGGGAAAAUGAAGCCAUCUUCAGCUGAUGCCUGAACAAUCAAAGCGUCGGCAGUUAUUUCCAAAAUAUGAAACUUGUCAUAAGACGUGGUCCUAAUUUGUUCUGGAAUGCAGCCCUAAAGUGGUAUUACGCUGGAGUAGGGAUGUGCAUGAACCGGUUCAGCGCCUCCUUUGGGAAGUGCCGAACUGGCUUGGGCACCCGUAUCUGAACCAGUUUGGCAGGGCGGGGAGCAGUUCCCUUAAGAAGUAGGUACCUGCUCAGCUGCCAUCCCACUGCUUUUCUGGGCAUGGUGCUCACUCUAGCAAAGGCUGCGUGUGGUGUUACCUGCAGCCUGUGCAUGCGAUGACGGCACGCACAGGGCCCCCACACAUGUGCUCACUCUAGCACAGGCCCCAUGCAAGCUGCAGGAAACAGCAUCACAGCCACAUGUGGCCUUUCCUAGAGUGAGCACCAUGCCUGGAACAUAGGAAACUGCCAUAUACUGAGUCAGACCAUUGGUCUAUCUAGCUCAGUAUUGUCUUCACAGACUGGCAGCAGCUUCUCCAAGGUUGCAGGCAGGAAUCUCUCUCAGCCCUAUCUUGGAGAAGCCAGGGAGGGAACUUGAAACCUUCUGCUCUUCCCAGAGCGGCUUCAUCCCCUGAGGGGAAUAUCUUAAGAGUGCUCACACUUCUAGUCUCCCAUUCAUAUGCAACCAGGGCAGACCCUGCUUAGCUAUGGGGACAAGUCAUGCUUGCUACCACAAGACCAGCUCUCCUCUCUGCCUGGAAACGCAACAGGGUGGAGGCAGAGCAGGUAAAGACCUGUUUACCUGCUUCUUAGGGAACCGCACCCUGCACAAGCUGUUCAUACACAUCCCUACAGUGGAGCAGUUGCUACUCCCAAACUCUUCUCAGCAGACUCCUGUACCAUAGAUUAGAUCAAGGAUUCUCAACGUUGGGUCCCCAGAUGUUAUUGGACUUCAACUCCCAUCAUUCCCAACCAAAGGCCACUGGGGCUGGGGAUUAUGGGAGUUGAAGUCCAAUAACAGCUAGGGACCCAACAUUGAGAAUCCCUGCUCUAGAGAACAGGUGACCCCAAAGGGUAGAAGGCGCUCUUCUCACUCUCCUUCCCACUAGAUUAGAACUUUACAGCAAAGUGUCAGACAAUACAGUCAUAGUACAUUAUGGUCCUAUAGCUCAAAUUAUAAAUAAACCUCUGUAUUUGGGGGGGCUCCAUUAUUCUCUGCAGUUACCACGGAUAAGGAAACUGCAAAUACUGACUUAUUAGGCCUAUGGGAUUGCAGGGGAUAGGUUCCUGGAGGCCCAAAUAUUCUGGGGGGAAAGGCCAAAAAACUUCAAAAUGGGCAAAAUAAAGUGCCCUACCAUGCUCUGUAGGCCUCUUGCUGCCCAGCAAUGCCCGCCAGAAGUCCGAAUUGCUGAAUUUUCCCGUGAUUUUUCACAGGGAAAAAUGUGGGGGCUUUUGGGUCCCAAAUGAGUCUCAAAAUGCUCCUCUUCAUAAAAUGGCAGCCAGAAAAGGGGAGAUUACCCCCGCCCGCCGCACUUCGUGAAAUUAACCAAUUAUUUUGGCCAGUUAUUUUUUGCUUAUGGUCGGGUGUCAAUCACCCCACCAUGGAUACAUGAAACCACAGGUGUUGGAUCUGCAAAUAGUGAGGCCCACCUGCAAUUAUUUUAAAACACUUCCAUUGCCUAAAAAAGCCUUGUUCACUCAUUCCUCUACCCCAGACCAAGCAGCAGAAGCCAAAGCAGUCAGGUAGAUAGGAGACUCCUCCAGCCUCCCAGGAGCCAAGCUAACCCCUCUGCUUUCUUCCCGGCUAGGAACUGAACUGUGUGAGACCAUGUGCAGGGGGGAGGGUCAAUCUCCCCUGCAGAUUUCAGCCAGCCUGGCACUGACCUCUCUCCCCAGUCCCAAUCCUUCUUGCCACAUGUUCUUUGAAUGGAAGAGAAAAGUAGGCAGGAAGGUGUGGCCUAAUCCAAAAAGAUAGCGUUUUCUAAAAGAAACCUGGCCCAUUUUCUGAAUAUAAGUUUGAAAAUGUCAAGCAAGCUUCAUUAAUAAGGUAAAGAAACUAACAAUAUUGAUUGCCUUACCUCUAGAAGUAUUUCAUGUCUAACAAAAUCCUCACUCCUCUAAUGUUCUUUGCCACUUCUUUGUUCCCCCCAAACUAGUUUUUCUAGAAUUGCCCUUGCUAGAGAACAAAAAGUUAUUGGAGUCCUUCCAUUUCAGAAGUGAAAGUGGAAAGCAGGUAUUUGAGUGGCCAUAAAAAAGAUUGGGAGUGCCAGAAAAAUGUCUACAGAGGUCAUGAAAACAUAUAUAAUUAUUAAUGCUCUAGUUUAAUAAGAGAGCAGUAGCCACGGUGCUGGUCUGACUUACAUUUGAAGCCGUCCAUUUCUCAUGUUGUAGCUACGUCAGUCUCAUUCCUCUUUAAAGAAAAGAUCGAGGGUGAAUUUCGCCUUAAAGAAAGGAUUGAGGGUGUGUACAGCCAUGUAGCCUUGGUGCGUUGGGCCACAUUGGUAUCAAGUGGCAUAGCUGAAAGGAGAUAGACAGAGCAAGGAUCAGCCAGUGGGGUCAGUUGAGUAAUUGAUCUGGAUAGCCUAGUAUGAUUGCAUCAUGAUGAUCGCAGUGGAGACUGAGGAUUUCUAGGGAUGCUGCAAUUACUAAAAUGUAGACCUGAUUUCAUUUGUUAAAAUUAAUACCAAAUGUCUGCAUUUUUGAUGAACCAGAUGUCAUAUCUCAUCCUUCAUAUGAGAUUUUCUAAAGGGUAUCACUUGAUACAUAAGCUGGGUCUCUUUUGCCCAGGGCGGCAGCCAAACUGAUUGGGCCAAGGAUAGGGCGAUGAGUCUGCAGUUAUCUUCUACUGAUUCAUGUGGAAUGUCACAGGUGAGCUGCCAUCUCCAGAAAGAUAUGCAAAACCAAAAUAAGAGGGGAAGGGAAACUACUUGCAUGAAUAAAAACACAGUACUCUUUCAGUCCUGAGGAAAAAUAUGGAGGCCAGAGAUCUGUGUCUUUGAAGGCCUUCCUGUUGCUGGUUGUUCAAUAAUUCAUUCUCUCUCUCUCUCUCUCUCUCUCUCUCUCUCUCUCUCUCUAAGGGCAAAUAUUUAAAAAAACAAAACCAAGUGCUAUAAAGGGUUACUACUUUCCAACUCCCUCGGAGAAGCUCAUCCAACAAAUGAAAUGAGUCCUGUUUAUAGACAUAUGUAUAUAGAGACAUAUGUAUAUAUAUAGAUAUAUAUACUGUUAUUAAUAUGGAUAAUGUUUAUCAGUAUAACGGAUCCAGUGGUGCUUUUUUCCUUCCUUUUUAAUAAGAGUCGAACCAAUGAAAUAAAACAUUUUCAAAAGGAGAACACAGAAACCAAAAUCCUUUUAUUUUUGAACGGAGACGUGCACUGAGCCCUCACAGCUGUGGUGGGACUGAUGCUGGUGGGCAUUUUUGAUCCCUACAGCAGGCAGAAUCUUUACAAAUGUUGACCUUAGACCAUGAGUCCUGCCAUGGUGUGUAGAUUGCCAUGGGGCCUGAUGGGGUGGGUAACUGGGAUGAAUACAUCAGAGAAAAGGGGGCUCUAAUCUUGACUGUAGAAGUCUCCACUCUUGGUGGUUGUUUAUUUUUGUCUUUUUCAAGAUAGUUUCUUUUCAAGAAAUCACUUGCAAAAAUAAAUGUUUAAAAUUAAUGGCA